AUGAUCGUAGCGGAUGACCUGGGUUGGGCCAACCUUGGCUCGCGAAGGACGGCGGAGACUGCGGAAGAGGCUCAGGGAUGGGCCGAGACCCAUACGCCGAACCUGGACGCACUACGAAGCGAGGGCAUCUCGCUGGAGCGGCACUAUGCCACAUCCAGUUCGUGCUCCCUGUGGAGUGGCCGCUUGCCCACACAUGUCACGCACGGGGAUUUGUCGGUGAACCACCAGAUGCUGUGGAACAAGAAAGACAACAACUCUGGCUUCGAUGGGAUACCACGCGCGAUGACUGGUUUGGGCACCAAAAUGAAGCAAGCAGGUUACGAAACUCACUUCAUCGGCAAGUGGGAUGCUGGCUGGGCUACUCCGGAGCAUACACCACUUGGCCGGGGUUUUGACUCUUUCCUGGGGUUCUUGCAGGCUGAGAACGACUACUGGUCCAAAGAUAGAGGGCCGUUGAAGUAUCUCUUGGACGUGUGUUUGAACAAGUUUCGUGAUUUCGUGCUUUUCAAUGCCACUUACCGCGGAGGGGUGACUGGUUCGAUCGCCACAGAGCUGGGUUGCAACGCCACGCUCGUUCAGGACAAGCCCUUCACCGCUUUAGGCUGUGACAUGGACAAUCGCAGCAAGUGUCUACCGGACAGUUGCUAUGAAGAGGCCAUGUUUCUGCAGCAUGCCAAGCAGAUUUUGCGGAAGGUUGACACGAACCGUUCCAAGCCGCUCUUCCUCACCUUUGCACAUCAUUUGCCUCAUGCCCCCAUGCAAGUGCCGCACUCCUUCCUGCAGAAGCUCCUGGGAUGCUUAGGUGUUAUUUAA